AUGGCCUGCGCCGACUGCUUCCGCGGCGGCCGCGCGACUGGCACACCCGCUGGAGAGAUGAUGAUCAUACACGGCGUAGCCUGCUACUUUACGUCCGCUUCCAACACUUUCACUGCCUCCAAGAUUCUCUACCUUUGUGACGGCUUUGGCCUCGCCCUCGUCAACAACAAACUCCUCGCUGACCGCCUCGCCGCCUCAACCGGCAUCGAUGUCAUCGCCCCGGAUGUCCCGCCCGGCGGCGGCUUGGACACCAGUGCGUUGGAAUUGACAGACAUCCUCAGUGACCCCGUCGGCUGGAAUCCACUCGCCUGGCUGCGCAAGGCGUGGACUUUCACGCGCCUGAUCGUUGUUGCUUUGCCGUUUAUUACGAAGCGGAAGCAAAGGUUUCAGUGUAUGGACGAGAUGAUUUCCCUCGCCCGAAAUCUGAAGGGUGAGAUGGGCGAUGACGGCAAGCUUGGCGCCACUGGCUACUGCUAUGGCGGCUGGCUCACGAUGAAGUUGUGCGCUGCACCACUUUCCGCCGACGACAAGGACGCUGGUGAGAACCUCAUCGACGCAGCGUUCACAGCCCACCCUAGCUGGCUGGAUGUGCCCAAGGAGAUCGUGGACGUAGUCAAGCUGAAGCACGUGCCGCUGAGUCUGGCACUCGCGGACAAAGACAUGACCAUGCCGAUCAAGAAGGUGGAGGAGGUCGAGGUCGCGCUCAGGGAGGAGGUGGGGAGACCGGAGGAGAAUGAUUAUGAGGUCGUUGUGUACAGAGGCAACAUCCCGCAUGGAUUUGCGGUCAGGGCGAGGGAGGUGUAUAAGGAGCAAAUGCGGGCUGCUGACGAUGCGGCUGAGCAGGCUGUCAAAUGGUUCAAGAAGUACCUGCGGUGA